AUGGCGAGCUCGUUCGAGAAAUCGGUGAAGGGCGCGACUAAAGUGAAGGCCGCGCCCCCAAAAACAAAAUACAUCGAGCAUAUCCUCGUCGCGACACACGCCGGCGAGGCCGGUGUUGGAGAAGUGUUCCGCGCGCUGCAACACCGUCUCCGCGAUUCAACAUGGACUAUCGUCUUCAAGAGUUUAAUCACGGUCCACCUGAUGAUCAGGGAGGGCUCGCCGGACGUGACGUUGGGUUAUCUCUCGAAGCAUAGGAAUAUGCUGGCCGUGAGCGUGUUUUCCGAUGCGCAAACCCAGGGCCGAAAUAUCCGUCACUACUCGAAUUACCUCUCCGAACGGUCGCGCGCCUACCGAGAAACGAAGGUUGAUUGGGUGCGGAAUAAGGAGCCUCGGUUGGAGAAGCUGAGCGUGGAGAAGGGCUUGUUGCGGGAGACCGAGACGGUCCAGCACCAACUCACCGCACUGCUCAAGUGUGACGUGAUGGAGAAUGAGCCAGAAAACGAGAUUACAAUCACGGUCUUUCGACUGCUCGUUUUGGACUUGCUAUCCCUCUUCCAGGCCUUGAACCAGGCCUUGAUCAACAUUCUUGGGCACUUCUUUGAAUUGUCUAAAACCGAUGCCGAGAGGGCCAUGGUGAUCUACCGAACGUUUACGAGACAGACCGAUUACGUUGUGCAAUACCUUAGCGUUGCCAGGCAAUACGAGCACCACACGAGGGUCGAGGUCCCGAAGCUAAAGCAUGCUCCCGUCAACCUUGGCCGGCAACUUGACGAAUACCUGAAGGAUCCGGACUUCGAUGUCCAUAGGAGGCAGUAUUUGGCGGAGCAAGAAGCCAAGAAGGCAAAGAGCGGCUCCUCAGGGGCAGGGAAGGCGAUCAAAUUCGACUUGAACAAAUCGACUGCAAGCACCAGCACGAGCGAACGGGCACCGCCAGCACCUGCUAAAGUAGAACCACCGAAGGGCCCCGAUGGCGAUCUGAUCGACUUCUUCGAGUCCAUCGAGCUGAAGCAGACCCCAAUGGCCGUCCAGUCGCCACCUCAGCCAGAGCAGCAGCCCCAGCAGCAGCCACAACAACAGCCACAAGCGCAGGUGCAGAUGGGCAUGUCGCCCUGGGGCCCGACGCCGUUCCAGCCCCAGCAACAAUUGCCUCAACUGCAGACCGGGUUUGCUCCCCAACAACCUAAUGGCUUCCAAGCCAGUGCUCCGUUUCAACCACAGGCCCAGACCGCAUUUUCUCCGACGCAACAGACUCCUCAGCAGAUGCAACCGGCCUUCACCGGUGCCGGAUACGGUGGAUUCUCUCCCCAGCAACAGACCGGUUUCCAACCCAGCUCCCUGCCUCCGAUCCCGCAGAACAAUGUUGCCAGCUUCCAGAAUCCCGUGCCGACCGGCUUCCAAGGCGGCCUCCAAGCCCCACAGACGACUAACCCCUUCCGCCAGUCCAUGCUCAUGAACCAGCAGACCGGUUCUCCGUUUGCGCCCGCAACCGGGGCGUCAAAUCCUCAGCAGCAGCAACGCCCAGCCACAAGCCAAUCUACCAACCCGUUCGCCCGCUCCUCCCCCCAAGCCACGCAACCCUUCGGCACCCCAACUUCUAACUCCCCCUUCCAGCUCGCUCAGCAGCCUCAACAACAGCCCCAGCAACAACAACAACCUUUCCAGCAGCCCCAACAACCGCAGCAGCAACAGCAACAACCCACCCCACCGCCCUUACAACAACCCCUCCAAACCGGCACCAACCCCUUCGCCAAAAACUUCGCCACCGCCGCCCCGCCAACCCAGCAGCAGCAGCGACCCGUCACGGCCGGCGGGAUCCUGUCGCAACCGACGGGUAGCACCAACCCGUUCCGACAGGGCGCCUUUGUUAACCACACGACGGGCCUUGGGUGGCAGCAUAACCAACAGGCGAUUGGGGGUGGGCUGGAUCAGGUUGAGACUGUGCCUGUGUUUCCUAGGCCGGCGCAGCAGACGCCUUGGCAGCAGUGA